UGAUUCGUGACUCAAAUGUACAUUAACUAUCCCUUGCAGGAUGCGGCUGGCCCUUCGCUGGACUUUUACGUGUCCGACUCAAUGCAGGACAUGCUGGACGUGGACAUCUGGGCGGAGAUAGCCAGCACAUUGGCUACCUCUAGCGACCUGACCUCGCUGGACCACGCCCUGGAGACGAUUUCGGCCAUCAAAAACAACACGAGCAGCGGCAGCAACCUGCCGGUGGCAUACAACGCCAACGCCAAUUUCCUGGCCAGCAGCACGCUGCACGCCUCGCCCACGGCCAAGUGGAUGGGCUCCUCGGCCAACUUCUGGUCGAACACCGACUACUACGCCGAUCUGGGGCCCUGCGUGAAUCCCUUUUCGGUGAUGCCGCUGAUCAACUCCGCUGCCUGCUCGGCCUCCUCCAUGCUGGGGUCGCCGCGCAGGGGCACGGCAGCCACUUCCACACAGUCGCGGGCCGUGCCGGCAUCGCCAUGCGGGGACCGGGACCAGCACAAGUCACAUCUGACCUUCUCGCCGGCCCAGAUGAAGGUCAGCGCUGGAUCGCUGCGCCGGGAGCAAGUGAGAGCACACAUACCCAAACAGAUUUCGGUGGUAACCGGCACCGGGAGCACGGCACCGGCCACCAUGGCCACCAACUCGGUGCUGCAGCGCCGAAACUCCUCGGCGGUGGAUGCGGUGCGCAAGGAUCUGGGCACGGAGCUGCGCAGGGCCCAGUCGCAGUCCAGUCCGUCUGAGGAGGGCGGCAACAAGACCUCAAAGACCUCCUCCAACCAGCUCACCACCGGAGGCGUCUCCACCAACACGAUCAAGCUGGCGCCCGGCAUCGGGGGCCUAACCUUCGCCAACAGCGCCGCCUACCAGAAGCUGAAGCACCAGUCGUCGGCCAAGUCCCCCAACGGUUCGUCCCCGAGUUCGGGCAACGGCAUGGUCCUGAAGCGGGAGGAGGCCUCCAAGCGCAGCCUGCUGCAGCAGGGGAGCACCACACCAAAGAGCAUCGCCUCGGCGGCCCAUUCGCCGCACCACCAGAUGCAGAGCAUGGGCUCGCCAUCGUCCGGCUCGUCGCUGGCCUCCUCCUCGCCGCUCAGCAAUGGCAGCAACCUGGUCAACAUCGCCAACAACAGCAGCGGCAGUGCUGGUCUCGUCAAGCCGCUGCAGCAGAAGGUCAAGCUGCCUGUCGUGGGCAGCGCCUUCCCCAAGCCGGCCUACUCAUACUCCUGCCUCAUCGCGCUGGCCCUGAAGAACUCGCGGGCCGGCUCGCUGCCCGUCUCGGAGAUCUACAGUUUCCUGUGCCAGCACUUUCAGUACUUCGAGAAUGCGCCAAGUGGCUGGAAGAACAGCGUGCGGCACAAUCUGUGGCUGAACAAGUGCUUCGAGAAGAUCGAGCGCAAUCAGCGCAAGGGCUGCCGCUGGGCCAUGAACCCGGAGCGCAUCACCAAGAUGGACGAGGAGGUGCAGAAGUGGUCGCGCAAGGAUCCACAGGCCAUACGCUGCGCCAUGCUCUAUCCGGAGCACCUGGAGUCGUUGGAGCGCGGCGAGAUGAAGCACGGAUCGGCCGACUCCGAUGUGGAGCUCGAUUCGACGUCGGAGAUCGAAGAGUCCUCCGAUCUGGAGGAGCAGGACUUCGACGACACCCUUGUGGAUGCGAUGCUCGUUGAGGAGGACGAAGAUGUCGUGGACGAGGAUGAGGACGACGAUAUGCUGGGCGAAUUCGAGCCCGAGGAAGAGCUACUCGCCAGCCACUCCGCUGCCAGCCAGUCGAGCCAUCACCUGCCCCUUGACCACGUCCUGCUCCGCCAGAAGAGCAGCGACUUUGACAUUGAGGUCGACGAACAACUGUACGAUGCCAUCGACAUCGAGGACGAUAAGGAGGCAGUGCGCCGCGCCAUAGCCAGUGGCCAAGGCACACACAUCAUCGAGCUGAAUCCGGCCGAUCUGAAUGCGAACCACAACGGCUACCACCACCAGCAGCAGCAGCAGGCGAAGCGUGCGCGUCUGGACAUCAACUAUGCCAUCGGUCCCGCCGGCGAGCUGGAGCAGCAGUAUGGCCAGAAGGUGAAGGUGCAGCAGCUGGUGCAGACACAGGCGCAGCCACAGCCGACCACAUACAAUCGCCGCAAGAUGCCGCUGGUCAACCGCAUCAUUUAAAGGGGCAAAGCCCAAGCCGCCCCGCUCUCUUCGAUUUGCACAAACCACAUACCAUGCAGCACCACAGUAGUAGCCAUGGAUGUGGCACGCACACCCACACACACGCGCAUAAUUAAACAGCAUACACUUAGUGCUAGGCCCACGCGUCAUAGUAUAGGAAAGAAGCCCCCUUGCUACGCUUAAACGUAUCCCUAAGAACAUUUUCGGUAAUCAUUUGUCAGUUGUACCCGUGCCCAAUACCCAUCUAAACUGAUUGAAAAUCAGAAUUUAUACAUUUUAUUACUUUGGAGAUCUCAUUUCUCUCCAGUUAAGCUUACUUUGAAUCUUUUUGUAGUCCUUAUUAAUCUGUGGUCGAUUUUCGAAUAAAUCUAUGCCAAUAAUUGUAAAGGAUUGCUCGAAAGUUUUGCCCCAAUCGCAACUCUGUCUUGAGUCUUGACGCUUGAGCAGUACAAAGAAACUCUCAACCAAGUGAAAGUCUCAGUAGUUAGUCCUGACCCUGAACCUCUGACGAUGCAUAAAGCUAUUUGUAAUGUUAAUUUUUUUCCAAUUUUGAAUAAUUUGAUCUCCCUUGACCUGACCCCCGUUGACCACAAACACCCUGACAAACGUGAAGAUUUCAUACUCCAUUAAACUUAACGAAACUUGACGCAGUUAUUAUAUAGAAUAUAGAUUAUUGACAAUGUGCAACACAACAACACACAAAAACAAAAACAACAACGAUUUUUGGACAACGAAAUGGGAACAAUAUGUUCGCUUUUCCACCUUUUGUUAAUCUUUUGUACCCGAAAUGUGACAAUUUGCAGCAUUUGCAAGCAUUUUUCAGCCGAUUCCGAAUCCGAAUUCCAACUUUAAGUUAGGUAAUGUUGUAAAAAAAAAAAAAAACAAAA